AUGGCAUCUCAAGACCACCAUGGGAUCAAAAAGAUAAUAGUAAUAGGCACAGGCCCAACAGGCCUCCUCCUCUCCCUCCUCCUCGCCAAACACUCCAUCCCCGUCCUCGUCCUCGACAAAUCCACCUCCCUCGACACCCAACCCCGCGCAACACACUACGGCCCCCCCGCCAACCGCGUCCUCGAGCGCGCAAACCUCCUCACCCGCGUUCGCCGCCACGGCAUCGAAGUAGGCGGCGCCCGCUGGCGCAAACCGGACGGCACCGUCCUCGCCAAGAUCGAAAACAGCAGGCUCGGCGGGGAUAAUCCGGAUAGAAUCUCUUGUUUGCCGUUGAAUUCGCUGUGUAAGAUGGCGCUUGAAGACUUGGAGAAGGAGGCUGCGGCGGAGGUCUACUACGACUUUGAAAAAUACGGCUGGGUAGACUCCAACUUUGUCAUCCACCCAACAGACUACUUCAUGGCCGCCAAAAUCCAAGACGACGGCCUCUGGCGCGUCAGCUACGGCGAGGUCCCCGGCCUCAGCCACGACGAGUACCGCGCCCGCCAGCCCGCGAAAUACGAGACCAUGUUGCCCGGGAACCCGAAGCCGGACGACUAUCGAAUCGUCAACUUUAGCCCCUACAAGGUACACCAGCGUCUCGCGCCCCGGAUGCGCGCGGGGAGGUUCAUCUUGGCUGGGGAUGCUGCUCACUUGUGCAACCCGUUCGGCGGCAUGGGCCUCACGGGUGGCAUCGUCGACGUAGGCGACCUCUUCGACUGCCUAGCAGGCAUCCAGGACGGCCGAGCCGACGACGACAUACUCGACAAGUACGACCACUACCGACGAGAAAAGUACAACCAGUUCACGAACCCGGUCUCCGAGGCGAACCUCAAGAGGAUGGCGUCGGACCCGGACGAGGUCGAGGCUAACGACCCGGGGAUCGUCGCCAUGCGUGAGGCGGACAAGACUGAUGAGGCUGCCGUCGCGUUCCAACUGGUAUGGUUGUUUAUUCUUGCUUACCACUGUUCCCUCCUGGCUCGCUUUUGGCGGAGUGAAGAUCUGAUAUGCGAACUCGUAUAG